GCCCCGCCCCUACCUGUCCCUACAUGCAUUGUUUUCUGAAGAGGUGUUUCUCUGAAACCUUAAGUGCCUCACAAACAGGUUUUCCCACGAAUGACUGGCAUGGUGUGAGCUGGGCUCCUGUUCCAAGCUGUCCACUGCAAGACUAAAAUGGACAAGUGGGCCAAAUCAGCGAAUAUCACUUACAAGAGGUGGAGAAACUCUGAUGCUGGGAAUGAGUCAGACUUUGUGAGCCACAUCGAUGAGGACCAGGGCACAGACAAUGAGAUCUGUACGAUAGCCACAGCAAGAGCUGCCCCUGUGGGCCACCAGUCUGCAAAUGGCUCUGAAAUGAAGAAAACUGAAGGAACCUUUACAGUAGACGAUGCAAUCGAAGCCAUUGGAUUUGGAAUUUUUCAGUGGAAAAUCUCGCUCCUCACUGGACUGGCAUGGAUAGGAGACGCCAUGGAGAUGAUGAUCCUCAGCAUCUUGGGCCCCCAACUGCACUGUGAAUGGAGCCUCCCCAGCUAUCAAGUGGCACUCAUAACAUCGGUGGUUUUCAUUGGUAUGGGGUUUAGUUCACCUGUAUGGGGGAAUGUGUCCGACAAGUAUGGCAGAAGAGUAGGUCUGACUGUUUGCAUGUGUUGGACUUUUUUCUACGGCCUGCUGAGUGCCUUCGCUCCAGUCUACGGCUGGCUCUUGUUCCUGCGAGGCCUUGUAGGCUUUGGCCUCGGUGGAGCUCCUCAGUCGGUGACUCUCUACUCUGAAUUCCUGCCGGUGAAGUCCAGAGGGAUCUGCAUCAUGCUGAUUGCGGCUUUCUGGGCAAUAGGUGCAGUGUUUGAGGUCCUCCUGGCCCUGUGGAUAAUGCCCACUCUGGGUUGGAGGUGGUUACUCGGCCUGUCCACCAUACCAGUGGCAAUCUUUGUUUGUUUUUGCUUUUGGCUGCCUGAAAGUCCCCGUUUUGAUGUGCUAACAGGACGGCGGGAAAAGGCCGUGGAAACAUUGACUCGUAUAGCUAAAGAGAACGGCAAGGCUAUGCCUCAGGGAAAGCUGAUCGACUAUAAACAGACUGAUCGAGGACAGAUCAAAGAUCUCUUCACUCCUCAAUACCGGAGGACUACUAUUCUUCUGUGGUUUAUAUGGUUUGCGAAUGCCUUCUCUUAUUACGGGAUUGUGCUGUUGACCACCGAGCUGUUCCAAGCAGGAGAUGCAUGCGGAGUGACUCAAGGAGCCAAGAUCGAACCUCACUGCAGCCUUGAAUGCAAAUAUUUGACAUCAACCGACUAUAAAGACCUUUUAUGGACGACGCUGGCUGAAUUUCCAGGUCUCUUCGUGGUUUUUCUGGCGGUUGAUUAUCUGGGCAGGAAGAAAAGCAUGGCGCUGUGUUUCUUCAUGUUUUCCUUGUGCGUUCUACCGUUGUUUGCUUGCAUUGGAAGGAUAGCUCUCACAAUCUUUAUCUUCAUUUCAAGAGCUUUCAUCUCUGGAGGAUACCAAGUUGUUUUUGUUUACACACCUGAAGUGUUCCCUACAGAAACCAGAGCUUUAGCAAUGGGGACAGCCAGUGCAGUGGCUAGGCUGGGUGCCCUGAUCACGCCCUUUGUCGCUCAGGUGAUGCUCAGAACAUCUGUGUAUUUGACCCUGUCUGUGUACUGUGGCUGUUGUCUGCUGGCUGGCAUUGCGUCGAUGAUCCUGCCCAUUGAGACGUUAGGCAGAGGUCUACAAGAAUCCAGCCUUGACCAGUCGGACGGAGCGCAGACAGACAACACAACCAGCCAUACAUAUGGUUCCACACACUCUGCAGAGCAGCCAUAGGUCAAUAAACAGGAAGAGGAUCUCAUUUAUUUUUUUUCUUCCCUUCAGAGACUCUUGCAGAUGCCACAUUUAUUUAUGUAACAAUGGGCUUAAUCAUCUGAAUGAUGACUGGUAAAGAGCAGCAAAGGACAAUCUCAUUACAGACUGGGAGUGAUAAUUGGGAGCUUACUGCCCAUGCCUAACGAGAGCGAAACACGUUUGGUCUUGGACUGUUUUUGUUUAGUCGUGUAUUUAGGUCAUGAGAAGAAACAGAGGGACAAUUUGAAAAAAGUAUUUUGAGCCAGAGAGACUCCACUUUGAAUAUUUGAACCCAAACCUCAUGAGACUGAGAAAGUAAUUCUACGGGUGUCAGCUAAAAAUAUUUAUGGUAUUUAUUUAUAUUUGAAGCCACAAGAUUUUCAUUACUUUGAACCAGUUUUGGUAAAGAUGUAACAAUGUGGGUUUGGAUUGUUGACAAUCUAAUGAUUGUCCUUUUUAAAGUAUGAACAGUUCUCACUAUUUGUUUGUUUGUUUGUAUUUUUCAUUUU